GGACACAAAACCUAAUGGAAAGGUGGUCGAGGUUCAGCAGGCUCAGCAGGUUCGAGGGAGUCCGCUCGUGCGACUCGCGAGGAAGCACGGACGAUUCGCAGAGGCAGCGACGGCGGUGGAGGGAGGGGGUGGGGGUGGGCGGUGGGCCCGGCAACAGCAGCCCCGUGGCUAAGUGACCAGAGCGAGCGAGCCUGGGCAACAAAGAGCGCAGAGAGAGGAAAUUAAAAUGGGGAGCAUCGGGCGAAUGUGAUUGCCAGUCAGCGUGCAUUGAGAGUGUUGUGCUUCACGGUGGCGAAUGCGAAGCUCCGUAGCAGCUGCAUUAGUGUUUCUGCCGAGCAUUCUUGAGCGAGCCUGAGUGCUGGAGCUGGGCUGGGCGGUUAUCGGCCACUGUGAGGCCGCUUGGGUUCCAUACUCUGCACGUGGGAUUUGUCCUCGAGAAAUUGCCCUCGAGAGUCAUGGCGAGCUUGGUGAAGCCUUGCUUUCAACCGUGCUCACAGCAGUCGUUGCCUCUGCCUGCACCUGUCCAGCACCAGCAGCCGAGUUGCAGCGCUCGUUGUGGGGGUUUUCGAGUUUUCGAUACCGACUGGAAGAGGUUGAAGCAGGAGCAUCAGCGACCGAGCAGGCUAGCAACAGCGAAUCGGCAUUGGAGUGUUGCAAGCCUGCAAAAGACGGGAAGUGCUGGAAAUGUUGCAGCCGUGACUGCCAAUGUUGACCAGGAGACUCGAAGAAUUUCACACCUCUUCGAAGGGCUGAGGAAGGAAGGGAAGGUGGCGCUGAUUCCCUACUUAACUGCUGGAGACCCGAAUCUGGAGACGACUGCGAAAGCCAUCAGGCUGCUUGACCGGCUCGGAUGCUCCAUUAUUGAGCUCGGAAUUCCAUACUCUGAUCCUCUGGCUGAUGGCCCCGUUAUUCAGGCAGCCGCGACCAGGGCACUUGGUGGAGGCACCAACCUGGAAUCUGUACUCGACCUGAUGCGAGAGGUAGUUCCUCAAAUCAAAGCUCCCAUUGUGUUGUUUAUUUACUACAAUCAGCUCUUGAAAAGAGGGGCGGAAAAAUUUGUGCUAGAAGCCCUGGAAGCGGGAGCCUCAGGAAUUGUUGUACCUGAUCUUCCUUUAGAAGAGACAGCCAAGCUGAGGCGACUGACUGGUGCCGUGGGUCUAGAGUUGGUACUUCUGACUACACCAACCACACCAAAGGAGCGCAUGCAUGCUAUAACUGAAGUUUCGCAGGGUUUUGUUUACCUGGUGAGUCUCACUGGUGUAACUGGCGCUCGUGCUAACAUCGAGUCUCGCGUUGAAGAUCUUUUGAAAACCAUUAAAGAGGUCACAGACAAACCUGUUUGUGUCGGUUUUGGCAUCUCAAACGGUCAACAAGCUCGACAGAUUGCAGAAUGGGGUGCAGACGGUGUUAUCAUCGGCAGUGCCGUUGUCAAGCUUCUAGGCGAAUCUGGUACUCCAGAGCAAGGAUUGCAAGCAGUUGAGGAAUUUAUUGUCGAUGUUCAGAAUUGUAUUGCUCAACGAAAGCGAUGACGCCUGCAAAAUAUAGUUCAUAUAUUCAACUUAGGACUCUGAUUCAGGCAGAAACCGGUUCUAGUUUUCGCCGGGCUCUGCUGCCUAGAUGCGGCCAAGCGAUCUUCACUCUGACUUGAACUAUGACGCGCGGCUCGGUCGUCGAGAGGUGCUGAGAUGUCGGUGAAAAGUUUGAGGCUGCCCUAAGUUUUUGAAAUUGAGCAUUUUUUUGAUGUGUGGGUGCCACUUGAUAUCUAUCAUCCUCAGAGAGGACAACGCAGAUGGAAGAUCUGCCUGUCUGAAGCAAUUAUAGGAAUCAUUUAUUUGUACCUGAUGCCGGCCCAAAUCAAUAAACUUAUCGCUUUCUGUUGCCCG